CACACAGGGCGCAGGCGCGCCCAGGAGCGACGGGGCGUUGCUGGGAAACAUCUGCCGACGCCUGCGGACCGGCCGACAUGGCGGCGGCGGCGGCGGCGGCGGCGCUGGCGCGGCUCGCGGCGGCCUUCCUGCUCCUCGCGGCCCAGGUGGCCUGUGAGUACGGCAUGGUGCACGUGGUCUCCGAGUCAGGGGGCCCCAGAGGCAAGGACUACUGCAUUCUCUACAACCCACAGUGGGCCCACCUGCCCCACGACCUGAGCAAAGCGUCCCUCCUGCAGCUGCGGGACUGGACGGCCUCUGUGCUCUGCUCUCCGCCUGACCUCCCGGCCAAAGGCUUCAGCAACCAGAUCCCGCUGGUGGCGCGGGGAAACUGCACCUUCUACGAGAAAGUGCGGCUGGCCCAGGGCGGCGGGGCGCGCGGACUGCUCAUCGUCAGCAGGGAGACGCUGGUCCCUCCAGGAGGCAACAAGACACAGUACGAGGAGAUCGGCAUUCCCGUGGCCCUGCUCAGCCACAAAGACAUGCUGGACAUUUUCAAGAGUUUUGGCCGAUCGGCGAGGGCAGCGCUGUAUGCCCCCAACGAGCCCAUGCUUGACUACAACAUGGUCAUCAUCUUCGUCAUGGCCGUCGGCACCGUCGCCCUCGGGGGCUACUGGGCCGGGAGCCGGGACGUGAGGAAAAGGUACAUGAAACACAAGCGGGAUGACGGGCCCGAGAAGCAGGCGGACGAGGCCGUGGACGUGACGCCCGUCAUGAUCUGUGUCUUCGUGGUCAUGUGCUGCUCCAUGCUGGUGUUGCUGUACUGCUUCUACGACCAGCUCGUCUAUGUGAUCAUAGGGAUCUUCUGCCUGUCCUCCUCCACGGGCCUCUACAGCUGCCUGUCUCCACUGGUCCAGAGGCUGCCGUUCGGCAGAUGUAGGGUCCCCGACAACAGCCUGCCCUACUUUCACAAGCGGCCUCGGGUCAGCAUGCUGCUCCUGGCGCUGCUCUGCUUGGCCGUCAGCGUGGUGUGGGGUGUCUUCCGGAACGAGGACCAGUGGGCCUGGGUCCUUCAGGAUGCACUGGGCGUCGCCUUCUGCCUCUACAUGUUGAAAACCAUCCGCCUCCCCACUUUCAAGGCCUGCACGCUGCUGCUGCUGGUGCUCUUUGUCUACGACGUCUUCUUUGUGUUCAUCACGCCCUUUCUGACCAAGAGUGGGAACAGCAUCAUGGUGGAGGUGGCAACCGGGCCCUCGGACUCGGCCACCCACGAGAAGCUCCCCAUGGUCCUGAAGGUGCCCCGACUGAACGCCUCGCCGCUGGCCCUGUGUGACCGGCCCUUCUCCCUCCUGGGCUUCGGGGACAUCCUGGUGCCAGGGCUGCUCGUGGCCUACUGCCACAGGUUCGACAUCCAGGUGCAGUCGUCCAGGGUCUACUUUGUAGCCUGCACCGUGGCCUACGGGAUCGGCCUCCUGGUGACGUUCAUGGCGCUGGCCCUCAUGCAGCGCGGCCAGCCUGCCCUCCUCUACCUGGUGCCCUGCACGCUGAUGAUAAGCUGCGCCCUGGCGCUCUGGCGCAGGGAGCUGGGCAUGUUCUGGACGGGCAGCGGCUUUGCGAAGGACCUACCUCAGUCUCCUUGGGCGGCGUCUUCAGCCGACGGCCCCCAGCCCCAGAUGGACUCAGACACUGGCCUCUCCCAGCCGCCUCCAGGCGAAGGACUGGCCAAGUGCUCCCUGCCCACGAAGCAGCCCCCGGCAUUGUCUGUGCCCGAGGAGACCGGGGCCAGAGCACCCCCCCAGGAGCCCACGAGCCCAGCCAGCCGCACCCCUGAACCCACAGGCCCGGUAGGCACCUCGGCCUAGAUGAUGGCGCAGACUCUCGGGCCCUCGCUGCUGCCCCUCUGCGCCGAGAGACCCCGAGACUGGACGUGCUCGGCCCUCCCCCCCCCAACUUGGUGCUCUGGUCUGGCCGAUGUCCCCGCUCUUCCUCCUCCUUGAGCAGAGCCCAGCUGCACCCUGGACCCUCUCCAGCUCCUGCUCCCAGCUCGAGUGGCUGCCGUGAGCCCCCGGACCGACGAGGUCACCCGUGUGGAGCGCCCAGCUCCACGGUCUUGCCUGUCAGCUCGGUGGUUCCUCGGAAAGGGCAGGAAGUGCCGCCUCCGACUGCCCACGGCUGCAGAUCCGCCCACAUCUGGUGCUUACCUUGCCGCCACUUCCCUCAGGUUCUCUCCUGUGCCGCGCCUGCGCGUCCCCAGGGACGCUGGCCAGCAGAGCCCAGUCCGGCACCUGGGCCCUGGAUGUCUGGACUCAGGAUGCGGGCCCGGCUGGCCGGGUCGGACCUGCCUCUGUGUCGGCAGGGACUGAAAGCGGCGCCCGGCGUGACGGGCCACCCCUCUCGGGCCCGCCUGGCUCUUCCAGCAGCCAGGGCCGCCCAUGCCUGCGCUCCAGCUUCUCCGCCUCUUAAUAAACGGCCAUGACUCGUUGA